AGUUACUGCUUCGAAGUGCAGUUAGACGGUUAGGAAUUGAAGUGUGUGUAUGAAAAUGGCUACCCCGAAUCUGUCGUCCUGUAAGGUUCGAGUAUUGUGGCCUAAGUUGAAGAAUCGUACCAGGUCUGGUCUCAACCUUGAAUCCGACAAUCCUUCACCACGACAACGUUUCCAGAAGCCACCUGUGAGUGACGCCGAUUUGGCAUUGCUUCUUAAUGAACAAACUGCUAUUUAUGAUUCCCAAGUAAAUGAAUCGACUAUCAUCAAAUUGAUUGCGAGCGAUGGCAGUCUUAAGGUAUCUUCAAAUACGCUGACGGCUUUUUCAGAACAUUUUGCGCGAAUGUCUUGUAGUAAUAUGAAAGAAACCCUAACACGAACGGUGGAGCUCACAAAUUUCUCUCUGUCGACACUGGAAUCUAUGAUUGCCUAUAUGACAACAGGGGCCCUGCCUUCUGAUAUCGACGGCCUACGACAACUUUCAGAGCUGUCAGGGUACAUCCUUCAAGGACCGAUGGAGAGCCAUAUAGCCAACACCCUUGUCAGAUACGUAACCCCAGAAAAUGCGGUUUAUUUAGCCGAUUUUGCGGCAACACAACCUACAGGGAUUCUAUAUUCCAAAAUCUUAAGGUAUUUGGCCUCUUUGUGUUCGGAAGAUUGGUUUUAUCCCAAUGUGCUUGGCCCUGACGGAGUUUGUUUAGCGGUGCUAAAAGAUCUUUUGCUGCUCGACGAGCUUUGCGUCACUUCUGAAACUGAAGUGUUGUCAAUAAUUGAUGCUUGGCUACGCACGCACCCGGGUGCAAAUUUCUCAGAUUUCGCAGAUGUUGUACGAACUGCAUGGCUGCCUACAGCAUACCGACCACCAAACUCCAGUAAGGACCUUGCUUCUGGUGACACUAGUCCUGAACCCUGCGGUAACCGUUGCUGCCGACCGCGGCAACUUUACUUGCAGCAUGUGCAUUUUGUCGUGCUGGAAACAAUUCGAAAUCGGAGCGACGUUCUAGCGCCACAGCCUUUUCUGGAACACCUUGCACUGCCACGCUUUUCAUCUCGGCCUAUAUUUUCAAAUUUUAUUCAUGUGCUCUGUUCAGCUGAAGGUCGACCACAGAGAAGUCUAGCAAGAUUUGAAAUUCCCAGGCCAGAUGAUGGCGGAAUUAUUGGCACGAAAACUCCUUAUAAGCUUGAAUACUUCGGAGAAUUCGGUAUCUCAUCAAUGCCCGUUGUAUUUCUGAUGGUCCCAAGCGGUGUAGCAAGACUACAGCUCAGUCCCGAGAUAACGUGCGAGUUUGUUCCUUUGAUUAAUUUUAUUGAAAGACCCGUUACUAAGUUAGUUGAUAUUUGUUCCUGUCGUCGGGGUCUUCUUGUGUAUCUUCAAAAGUGCGAAGUUGAUCUCAUCAUCCUCGUGUCGAAGGAGACUGGUGAUGCACAAUUGGCCUUAACUCUGGAACCUAUAAUACGACCUCGCUUCUACUUAAACGACGAGCUGCUGCAUGUCGAGUGCCAUUAUUCUCUCAACACUAUUGUAGUUAGCUUGGAUAACUUUUCCAUCAUAAACCAGUUUGAGGCAGGCCUUAUGGUUUGCGAUUAUGAGGUGCUAUGUGAGGACCUCAAGGAGCCUGACGAACAAGCAUGUCAUGAUUCAAGCGAAGCACCAACAGAGGCUACGAAACGUUAUUCAUGCUCCUGUAAAGCUGCUCAAGCCAGAGCUAUCAAGGACGCAUCGGGUUUUUAUUCAAGAUGCCACACAUCAAAGUUUUAUUUGCGAUGCGAUGAUGAUCUGAGAUUUCACGGAAAGAAAGCAGUAUCAUUGUUAAUUCCUAUAAAGGGCACAAAAAAAUUGAUUUUAGAAGGGGAGGGCCUUAAUGUUGUUGUAGGUUUCAUUCCUCAUCGAUUGUUUACUGUAAGUAGCGUUUGCGAAUCCCUACCAAAACAUUAAGCAUAUUACAUAUGUAUCAGGCUGUUACAAGUGAAUUCGGCGGACUUUGUUGAAACUGAACAACAUUUUAGCUGCUCGCUAGAAGUAAAAAAGAUUUUAUUCGUAAACACUCUAUUCACUCAAACAUUUGUGAAUGAAAACCGGUCAAGCCAUCUCCAACAGAAAUUAAUUCAGAAGGAGAAACAUUCCUUAGUCUCGAAAAUUAAUGCUCUAUGAUUAAGUUCUCGUUCCUCGAAGGCUACAGCGCCGCGGAAAUUCAUCGAAGAUUGAUGGAUAUAUUACGUAAAAUAGCUCCAGUGCGUGAGUAGUGCAAAUUCAAGAAGGAAUAUUAGAGCGCUGAAGACUAGCGAGGAGGUGAUUGGGCGUCGGAACCCGAAGGACAAGAACGCAUUGGCACUUCUUGCGAAAGCAGAGUCUCGAACCUAUAACCCAAAUUACUGUAACUGUAGUAAUUACCCGAAUUACUAUAACCCAAAUACUGAAAAUAAGUCUUACAUGAAUUAACUCCAAACCAGUUGGAACCAGUGUAUGGUGUACUCCGCGUCGAAUUUGCAGAACUUGAAAAAACAAAAAAUCCGCCUAUCGCAUGCGGUUACCAUAGGCAAAGCUUGGUUAAAUCUCUACAGCUAGCUAGAAAGAGAUAAAUUUAUCCAAUGGCACCGCUUUGGAGAAAUAUCGAGUUCAGUAGCAGUGUCAAGUAGGUUCGGAGGUUAGGUGAUGAUUGUACUUGCAGUGGACAUCAGAGGCGUCCCCUACUAUGAGAUACUUGUUGAAAUGAAAGCAAUAAAUGUAGCCCGCUAUCUUGAGUUCGUUAAGACACUCAUGGGCCGUUGGCAGAGCUAUCGAAAGCACACAGUUUUGUUAUUUUAUAACAAUAGCAGACCUCACCGCCACACCUCAGUUACGUCCUGGAUGGAGCAAACGAGUAUCUAACGUUCGGGUUAACUUGCUAAUUUUUUUGCUAGACUUCCUAUAUUAUCUAUGCUUUGAAUUUUACGUCCGGUAUCGCCGUUAGUCAUUUCAUCGGUCAGGCUUUCCAUAUCCUGAAAAAGGGCAACUAAUGGACAAGCGCAUCGCACUAUUGAUUUACUUCGAGAAGCCAUAGAUGGAGAAAGUACUUUACGGAAUGCGAACAGUAAGUAUAUAUCUGCCAGAACACUAAGACUAAGUAUCAUUCCAACCCAAUUAGUAACCCAAAAGUUAUUUAAUUUUACCGCCGGCUUUGUGUGUAACAGCCAUAUAUAUAUAUUUUUGCACUAUAAAUAUAAGCCUUUUUCUAGUUUGAAUGCAUCGAUACGUGUCUGUAUAGUCAGUUAGUUGCUUUCUUGGCCCUACAUUAGUUCAAAAACAGUGAUUUUUUUUGCAAAAAAACACAAAAAUCAUAAAUGUAUAAUAUUUGCAUAUAAUAUGAAAAAUGCGGAGUUCGUUUUCGCUGUAUAUAGUUAGUCAGUAAGAAUAAAUGUACCGCCUGCACACUCUAUGGUGUCAAUUGUGUCAAGUAAAUGUACUAAUCAUUAUAAUUAGAGCGUGCCCAACCGCACCAAUUGCUGUGUUUGUAACACUCCAAAUGUUUUGAUUAAUUAAAAUUCGGUUUUUAGUAAAUCAUCACCGUCGUAAUGUCCAGCAGCAUGUGGGUAUCGAAUCAAUCAAAGCGUACGUUAAGCCAUUUUGUCCUCGCCGUUAAGAAAAAGACGUGUAAGCUUGCAGGAUAAGACGCAAACGUGAGAAUCGG